AUGUCUCUAGCUAAAUCAGCUGCUAACAAAUUGGACUGGGCUAAAGUUAUAACCUCGUUGAAGAUCACUGGGAAGACCGCCACAGAGCUAUCUAGUUUCAAGAAGAGAAACGAUGAGGCCCGUAGACAGCUACUAGAGUUGCAACAACAGCCAGCUACCAUUGAAUUCGACCAGUACCGUUCGUUGUUAAAAAACCAGGCCGUGAUCGACCAAAUCGAGAGAUUCUGUAAGGCAUACACCCCUGUUACCAUCGACAGCUCCAAACAGAUCCAUACAAUUGAAUCUUUCCAACAACAUGCUCUGGCCAACGCUGAAGCUACAGAGAAGCUUGUCAACUCCGAACUGGCUACGUUAAAGGAGACUCUACAAAACAUUGAAAAUGCUAGACCAUUUGACGAAUUGACUGUCGACGAUUUAGUUAAGGCCAAACCUGAGAUUGAUGCUAAGGUUGAAGAGAUGGUCAAGAGAGGAAAAUGGGAAGUACCAGGCUAUGCUGAGAAGUUUGGUGGUUUGAAUGUUAUGUAG